UAACGCAGUAAGCUACAUGAACGCAUUCAUAAGAAUUAACUUAACAUACGUCUAAAUUCCUUGCAGCAUUUAUGAACGGUAGCGACUGGGAGUGUAUGCGAAAAUAUGUACAGAAGAAUGGGCGAUCGAUGUUUAUUACAAGCAUGGAUCAAAUCGAGAAACAAAUCCUGUUGGAAUUGGACAAUGCUUUCGAGUAUCAGAAAAAAACUAGUGCCGAACAACAGGAUUUUAAUUUUACACUAAGGAAGAUUUUAUUCAAUAUCAACCAUGUUUUUGCUUUUGGAAAAAGAUUUGAAGGUUCAGAUGAGGACCUCGAAGUAUUCAUUGACGUCUUGUAUGGGACAAGUUCUGGAUCAGCGCCUUGUAGAUUAUAUCCAGACUGGAUUUGGAAAUUGCUGGACAAACAUGGUUUUGAUGAGUUUGAACGAAAACAACAACUUCAUCACAAACAGGUGUUAUCUCUAAGGGACUAUAUCGACAAACACAUAAAAACCGGAGCGUCAAACUAUUCUCGAACACAGGCCGUCGAGACUCGCCUAGAUCUUUACCUGAGAGCAGUUGGAGACGACACACUUGGAUCACACGCAGAAGAAACCAUGCACGCAUUUCUGAGUUCUUCGCUAAGGGCUGGGACGAAUUUUACCUAUGCCAAACUUGUGAAGUGCAUCUGGUACCUGCAGGAGUACCCUGAUAUACAGAAGAAAUGCCGCGACAUUGUUUAUCAGGUUUGUGGAAAUAAUCCAGUAAAAUGGUCGGACAGGGCAGCGAUGCUAUAUUUAGAAGCUUUUUCGAUGGAAGUAUCUCGGAUGAAUUCGGAGGUUGUGGGCAUCUUCGCAAUAGAAAACCAGCAAGAGACUAGUCUUUUGGGAUACACCAUCCCUAAGAACUGUGCUAUAAGAUGUUAUAUGCACUCUGCUCACAUGGACUCGAAAUACUGGGCCGAACCCACGGUGUUCAACCCCAACAGGCAUCUAAGUGACGGCAAAUUAAAACUCAACCCAGCUUACAAUCCUUUUGGACUCGGCCCUAGGAUGUGCAUUGCCCAGAAAGAAAUGAACUACGUGCAGUUUUUGGUAUUCGCCAAUCUUCUACAGCGGUAUACGUUCGAGAAAGAAGACUUUACCGGGGAAGAAUCAUUCGAAUCAGCUGCCGAGAUGUUUUUAAACCGUCCUCUUCCUUUCAAAACGAAAGUAACCCCUCUAACUGGGCUAGACCAAUCAGAAUACCACUAGCAAUCUCCGUGCGGGGCUAGACCAAUCAGAAUACCACUAGCAAUCUCCGCGCAAAGAUUUCAUUGGUUCAAGUAAAAUAUCAAAUCCUUGCCGUAAUAACAAACUACGUGUUUUUUCUAUUCGCGUGUUUAUUUUAGUCUGAAAACGAUACGCACAAUGCACGGUUUGUUUUAAUGUAACUUGCCAAAUGUUAACGUAAAUAUUCAUGGCCGUACUACGUUUUCAUAAACCCGCUGCCCAAGGACAUCAAUGUUUUGUGCAAACCAUAUUCAUGUUGUUUUCCAUUCGUCAUCCGCCAAGUGACGUCAAAGUUUGACUGCAAGUUCAACGACAUGCCGUUCGACAAAAAUUCCAAUCGAAACUAAAACUGUAUUCAUACGCCAGCAUAGAAGUCCGUUGCGGCCUUUAUAAUGUUUACAUUACAGGUUAUUUCCGUCGUUUUGGUUGUAAUUAUACGUAUUCAUGCGGCGUCGCAUCUGGGUCUACGCUGUUUUCCAAUGCCUUUUUUCUAGACGCUAUGCAUACAUGGGUUAAUAAAACACGCCUACCAGUGUUAAUAUUUGUAGCUUGGUAUUUCGAUUAUGACUGUGCAAUGAACAUAAUUCAAAGUAAAUGUACAUGUAUACACUUAUCUUUUUAAUAAUUACAAUAUUGUUAAGUAAGAUAUUUUUUCCAUUUCAUUUGAAUAAUUUUAAAUGGUAAUCGUGGUUUCCUGUAAAUACUUAAUCAUGUGACUUUUUCUUUUAUUUAUAUGAAAUUAUGCGCACAAUUUCUAAAUU